AUGGAAGCAGACUUAUUUUAUAAAAACUUCGAUAAAGAAAUAAUCGACAAAUAUGCCAAGUAUAUGAACAUACAAGACAUUCCAUGUGAUUCGCUGGAGAAGAUUUUCCAGACGAAGGUUUUAAUCAUCGGCUUGGGAGGACUAGGCUCCCCAGUCUGUCUUUACUUAUCCAAAUUUGGGUUCAAAGCAAUAGGGCUAAUUGAUGGAGACACAGUGGAGGUGUCAAAUUUGCAGAGGCAAAUAAUACAUGCAGAAAAGCAUACCGGAAUGAAUAAAACGCUGUCCGCCAAAUUGACUGUAAAAAACAUGGGAAACGACGAUGCCAAUAUAAAAUGUUACCCAUUUUAUUUAGACAAAAAAAAUGGAUUGCAGAUUGUGAAGGAUUACGAUAUUGUUGUCGAUUGCACCGAUAACAUUGCGACCCGAUUUUUAAUUAAUGACCUGUGCGUUUUGUACAAAAAGAAGUUAAUUUUCGGGAGUGCGUUAGGCCUAUAUGGACAGUUAAACGUUUUUAAUAUGACUAAAGAAACUUCCAACUGUUAUAGGUGCUUGCAAAACUUCAACAACCACACAGAACAAAAUGACUGUGAUGAAAAUGGAAUCCUCUCCACCGUAACUGGGAUUAUUGGCAUUUUACAGGCCAAUGAAGUGAUCAAACUUUCCGCUAAUUUGCACCAGGAAACUUUGCAAAAUUUUUUAACGUACAAUAGUUUAGCCAGUAGGAGGCCAUUUGAAACACUCAACAUAAAUAGAAAAAAUCAAAAUUGUCUUUGCGCCUGGGGCGACUCUGCAAGGCUGCGGGAGUUCAUCGAUCGGAACGACUACCAAGGUGGGGGUGCCAGCCCGACUGACCUCGCCUGCGUCAGUGGCAAAGGCAUAUCCGCCUACCAGUACGACAUAGGCAUUGUCCACUUUCUGCAGGUCAUGAACAACGAUUUUUCCUUUUUCCAGUUCCCUGUAGACCAUUUAUGCAUUUUGGACAUACGUAAGUACAACAACGCCAAUGUGUACGGCUUAAAGAAUUCCAUCAAGUGGAGCUUCUACGACAUUAUGGAAUCCAUAAAUAAUUAUGCCAACAGCUCCAACCAACUAACUCAGCUAAUUCUGGACAAACUACAAAUAUCCACACGUACUGGAAAUGUAGUUGUCAUUGUCAUAUGCAGACGGGGCAUUGAUUCUUUGAAGAUUGCUAAAUAUUUUAAUAAUUUUUUUUUGGUGGAUUCGACAGAGGGGAACAAAACAUCUCCCCGUCAGGAUUCCUCUACCGACACCACCCUUCAAAUUUGCACAAACCAAAAAACGGCCAAUAAAUCCGAUUUUCAGGACAAGCAGAUUUUUACCUACAAUAUGAAGGGCGGCUACCUGGAGCUUCAAAAAAGGGUGUUUAAAAAUUUGCCAUUUUUGUAA